AUGCUCAAAGCGCUGUGGCUAGCCAGCCUGGCCACCGCCUCAAUCACCAUCCAAGUCCACCGCGUCGAUCCACUACCCUUCAGCACGUCAGGUAUCGCUACAUCAGCUACUGAUCUAUUCUCGCGGAGUUGUCCAGAAGAAGUCGAAAACACAGCCUCACUUCUCGCGUCAUCGUUUGAUGACCUCUCGGGACGAAAUGUAUUCCCCUCGUCGGAUGGUUUUGUGAGGGGUGCUGUUGAAGCAUGGGCCAAACACGAGCAUCUCAUUCUACGCCCUGAUGAAAUCUGGUUUGAGGUUUUGGCGCAGAUGAAUGUCUACAUGAGUACACACUCUGAAACUCUUCGGCAUUUAUUCGUUGAUCAUUCUGGGCGCGAAAAGAUUGUCGUAGAAGGGUUUUCAUGGGACGGUAUCAUCAGCGCGUUUAGCGGGGAGAUCCAAAAGAGGGUUAAGACGGGAUGGUUACUAGACUGGAUAACACCCGGUUUUAGUACUUCCACUGCGCAAGAUGACGUUACGGCUACGGUGUUGAUGAUGGGACUGAUGCAGCAUUUCUUUGAGUUUGAGGGGAUGGUGGUAUGUGGAAUACCGAGUGUUACGCUCCUUGGGGAGAGGGAGGAUUGGGUUAAGCUGGGGGAGAAGAUUGAGAUGUUGAAGGAGUUUGGGGACGAGGCGGGGACGUUUGGGGAGAGGCUGAGGCCGAUUAUGAAGAGGUUUGUAAGUUCCUGGGAUGUUGAUACUGAUGGUGAGGGUGAUGGGGAGAUGAGAUUGUUCUGGGAGCAGAUUGUUAGGGCCAAGAAGCAGUGGUCUUGUGGUGAAGGGGCGAGUGAGUGGGAUGUUUCCGGGUGGAUUACGGGAUUUAUGCAUUGGGAUCGUGAUGGCAAGGUCAGAGGAGUUGAAGACAAGAAAGAAGAGGUCCAAAUCGGCAUAUUCCCCAACGACUGGACCGUCACAAUCGACGGACAGAGCUACAUCCCCUGCACCCUCUCCGACAUCAGCAUCGGCUACGCCAAAGCGCCCCUGACCAUGAAAAACCACCCAUCACCAGGCGUCGACACACAAGCCUAUCUCCUAGCAGGAAACGUCGGCGUCGAGAAGAAGAAUACUCCGGGCGGGGUAAUGGCGCAGCCUGUUAGCGGAUGGUUUAUAUAUGCGGGUGUUGAUGCGAAUUAUAGCGCUGGGCCGUGGUUUGGAAGUGGUGAGGAGUUGGGAGGGAUUGCGGGGGGGAUUGUGAGCUGUAAGGCUGCUUUGGAUAAUGAUAAGAAUGGAGACGAGAAGGAGGGGGUUAAGGGGGAGGAUGAGAAGGAGGAGGAAGUAAAGGAUUUGUAA